CCCAAUUUACCGUCCAGCCACCCGGAGUCCACACACACACACACACACACACACACACACACACACUUGACAAAGGAAAACAAGGUAAAGACUGUUUUCCUCAGAGACGCUGGAUCGUUUUGGAGGAUAUUAUUUCUAUGUUUUCUCUGCCAACAUGGACUACUGCGUUUUGAAUGGAUUUCUGGUGGCUAUUUUGAUUCAGCAUUGCACAUCUGAAGGUCUGUCCACCUCAAAUCAAUCAUUGUCAGUGGUCAGCUUCAAAGAUGUUCGGGCUCCACCGCAUGAACCAGAUGUGCCUCAUGUAGAUGUGGUGCCAGUAGUGGCCCCUCCAAGCCUGAAGGAAGUGCAGCAGGUAAUGCAGGAAGCAUCGGAGCGGGUGGAGGGUCAUGCAGCAGAGGAAGUGCUGAAGGAGCUUCUAGAGAAGGUUGAGGCAGCUAUGGGCCAAGUGGAAGGAGGGGGUGAGGGAAAAGGAGAUGAGGCAGCAGUACAGAAAGCAGUCACAGAGGAUGCACUGGGGGCUGAUAAAGGAGAUUCUGACACCAAAGACGUGUUGGAGCAAGAGGCAGAGGAGGAGGUGGUGGAGGGUAAAGAUAUGGGCCCUGAGGGAGGGGAUACGGCUGCUGGAAAGGAGCAGGUGGUAGCAGAGGUGGAUGCAUUUAAAGAUAUAGCUGAGGAGGAGGAAAGAGUUGUGAAGAAGAAGAAGGGGCUGACUGCAGCUGGAUCUGUGGAGGAGACUGCAGCAGCUGGAGGAACUGGAGAUAGGGUGGAGGUCAUCAACAAGUCCCUGGACACUGGAGUGAGUCAGGAGGAAAAGGGGGCCACUUCAAAAGAGGCCGGAGGAGAUUUAACGGCCCAGGAGGCAAAGGUAGCGGACGACCAUGAGCAGGUUGGGCGUUCAAAAGCAGAGGGUCCGGCGGAAACAGGAACACUCAAGGCAGAGCCAACGCUACGGGUUGUGACGAUGGCUCUGGGUGACGAGCAGGAGAACGCGGGAGCGUCCGACCCAGGCCUGGCCGGCGCCGGAGCGGAGCAGCCGGGGGACGCGGGGGGCGAGGACGGAGCGCUGGCAGAAGAAGCCCCAGCAGAUGAAAACGAAGGCGAGAUCGAGACGUCACCUUCUGACAGCAAUGACAUGGAGGUCCCAAACACAGUAGCAGAAGAAGAGGGGGGGGAUCCUGCAACAGGCCCGAGCACGGAGGGCAAACCAGAGGGAGGUGCUGUCGAUGAGGGUGCAGACGUAUCGGUAGAAACGGGAGGAGGACGAGAUGGAGUCAGCGAAGUUAGCGAAGUUAGCGAGAGCGCGGCCGACAAAGAGGGGGAGCCACCAGCAGGAGGAGAUCACCCGGAGCCGUCACGUGGCUCUGGAACGGAGCAUCGAGAAGUGCUGCCGCCGCCCGACUUUGAUGCCGCGGCCUCCGAGGAGCAGGGCCCGGCUCCCGGCCCGCGUCCGUCUCCAGCCUUAGGAGGGAAAAGCCCCGAGGACGAGCAAUCCAAGCUCGCUAACGAGAUCGUCACCUCCACCGAUGACCUCUUGAAGAGCGACGCCGCCGCCGCCGCCGCCGCGGCUCAGCCGACACUCGACAAUGUGGUGACGGACGUCCUGGCGCCUGGCGCGCGGCCAGAGAGGAACGAAGCAGGUUGGACCAACGAGCUGGUGGAAGGCGCCGCCGGAGCCGCAGAGCCGGCUGAGCCGGGCCUGGAGGCCUGGAAGAUCGGGGCCAUCGCUGCCGCCGUCUUCCUCCUCGUGGAGACCUUCAUCAUCCUCGUCUACAUCGUCAAGCGCCGCAGCAGGAGCAGCGCUCCAGCUCGUCAGCGGGCCAGUGAAGACGGACGUGUUGAACCAGAGGAAGCAACCGGAGGCGACUGCAGCGACGACACGCUGCCUGCAGACAGCGAGCAAGCAGCCCUUGACCCGCCCGAUGUCGCCUCAACCCUGGCUCACAGCGACGCGGGGCAGCACCAGGAGGGGGACGCCACGGCCAUGUCAGGCCUCCCGUCCGGCCCCGCGGCACAGCCGGAGCUCCGGACGUCGAUGCUCUGAAGGGGUUAAUACCGAGCGGCCACUGCUCACACCUCGACACUCAGCGGACUCAAUCCCUGACUGGACCCAGCACAGACCGCCACGCAUUCUGGCUGCGAUACCUUAUACACAUAGUCAGAACGAGACACGAGCAGACUUGUGUGAAUCGGUGAACAUGAACAUGUAUUUGUGAGUAAAUGUAAUUAUAGUGUCCUGAAUUGAGUUGAAUGUCUAUUUGACAAGAGGGGCUUGAACAGUUUUCCUGUUUUGUCCGGAUUGCUUUCAUUCGUGUUGUGAUUUACUGACAGCACUGACGGCAGAAUAGCAUGUACAGCCUCAUUAAAACGUACCAGUGUAGAGGAACAGAAUCAUGAGUGUUUGUAACGCAUUCAACAAGGCGGAUGAGAGGCCAACAGACUCACUAACAAUACCGGAGGCCGACAAACCAACUACUCCCCUACAGGGAUCUGCUAAAACAAGACUAGAGUACGUGAGGACCCCAAUGUAGACCAGGACAAGAAAUACAAAUGUGGUGAAACAAUGAGUAAUUAACUGGAAAAUGCAGGAAAAUAAAAAUCUGGACAAAGCUCUGAACACAAAAGUACAAACAAAAAAUCCAGAUAACAGUGAACAAGAACAGACGAGCAAAACUGAAGUAAUAGGACAACAUCAGCAUCGUGUGAACAGGUGUGAGUAAUGACGAUGACCAGACAUGGAACAGGAACAGGAAGUGAUGUCAAACACCAGCCUAGACAAGCCACGCCUCCCUCAGGGCCGAAAUGUCACAGAGUUUAAAAGCCGGUGUGAUUUUUCCUGCUCCCGUUUGUUUUAUCGUACCAAAAUAAAAGGAUCCCAGUGUGAGUUUCUCUGCAGAUGCUUUGGCGGUUGUGUUUCAACAGUUUUAACGUUUGAGAACAAAAACACAGGAACACACUCAUUUGUGUACACGGGCCAUCACACACGCCUCCCCUGACACCUGCCUGGCUUCCAUGGCCAUGUUAUCCGGCUGAAAGUGGCCAAACGGAGCGUGACGUCCUCGCCUUGUCUCGCGCUGGACGCCUCCAGCAACGAGCAACGACGCUGGCUGGAGUCAUUUGGUUCGCGAUCACAAGGGAUAAAAAUAAGAGUUUAGGGAAAAAAAAAAAAAACCUCGAGACAAUCUGUGUGUGU